GUACGCCACGCCUCCUGCUCCCGGUGCCGUUUCCUGCUUUCAGCAAGCUAGACGCUUUAACGGACGCAAUGAAAUCAUAGAAGAGCAACCUUUUAACACUCAUGUAACAUCAUUCAUCUGUUAAACCUAAGAGUUUAACCGCGUCUUGGUCUAAUGAAGGAGGAAGGUGGUGUUGACUUACCCCAGGCAUUGCCUUCUGGGCCCAGUGCCUUUAUUCCAGCUGAAGAGUUUGUUUACAGAACAAAACUCAGUAAGAUGAAUCUCUGUCUCUGUCAGAUUCUGGAGGAAGGCCCUGCACAGGAGGUGAUGUCAGAGGCUCUUCUGACAGAAGGGCGUGCAGAUCAUAUCACCAUGGCGAUGGGACUGCAUCCCUCCUAUUUGCCCUGUUUCCUUCGCACCCAGCAUGCUUUGCUGCAACUGGAUGGUCCCCUGCCUUUGUCAUGGAGGCAUUUUAUAAUUAUAUUGGCAUCUGCACGCCAUCAAUGUUCGUACCUUGUGCAGCAUCACACUUCUGCUUUCCUGCUUGCUGGAGGAGAUGAGUCUUGGCUCGGAGGACUACAUUGUGCACCACCUAAAAUACAGCGCCUGCAGACUCUUAACAAGCUUCUUGCACACAGACCCUGGAUUAUCACCCAGGAACACAUACAGGAGUUAGUUUGUCCUGGUGCAGAGGCUCAAUGGUCACUUGCCGAGCUGAUUCAGGCUGUGGUUUUGAUGAGUCACGCCCAUUCAUUGGCCUCCUUUGUUUGGGGGUGUGGCAUUCUCCCAGAGCCAGAACAAUCGGGAUAUCAGCCACUUGACCCACAUUCACCAACAGAGUCGUGUGGUUCUGCUCGAAACAAAACUAAAAAUCAACAAGAGUGGUCUGAGGAACUGAACGAGGUUCAGCUUUUGAUGGAGAAGAUGAUGAUGGUCCAACAGAUCGGUGAAGAAUUUACUCAAGAGGAGUUGGUCACUCGUUUCGAAAGAGAAAGAACUGAGAGUUUACUGGAACCUGCUGAUGUUCAGCGCUGUGCUCUUCCUGAUUGUAUGUCGCGGUUUGUUGUGGAUGCAGAUUUUAUCUACCAAGAUUUCAGUCCCAGAGGAGAACAGUCCCCCCCAACAAUGAGAGCUCAGGAUUAUUCAUGGGAAGAUCAUGGCUUCUCCCUGAUGAACAGGCUAUAUGGGGAGAUGGCACAGCUUCUGGAUGAGAAGUUUCAGGUUGUUUGUGCACUGACAUAUCACACCAUGGCCAUGCACUCAGAUGUGGACACUUCCCUUCUCCGCAAAGCAAUAUGGAACUACAUUCACUGCAUCUACGGGAUCAGGUAUGAUGACUACAACUAUGGGGAAGUGAACCAGUUGCUGGAACGCAGUUUAAAAGUCUAUGUUAAAACAGUGGCUUGUCACCCAGAGAAAACCACAGCAAGAAUGUACUUCUCGUUUUGGAGACAGUUUCGCCACUCAGAAAAAGUCCAUGUGAACCUGUUACUGAUGGAGGCACGACAGCAGGCAGCUUUACUUUAUGCACUGAGAGCAAUCACACGCUACAUGACUUAAUAAUGCACAUGAGCUUUAAUAAAUGGAGGGAUGACCUGUAUACACUACAGGUGCCAAAUGCUGCCCUAUUUGAUCAUAACAUAACACAUUGUGAAGCACACGUGAUCCAGAGCUAUAUAGUUUCAGUUUUUUUGUGUUUUUGCCUUUAUUGGACAGUUGAUGUAAGCUGCUGCUGGAUGGUGAUUGGAUGGGAGAGAGUGACUUUUGCACACGUCUUAGGAGUAAACUGCCUUUCUGUAGCCUCUCCCUUAUACUGUGAAUGUGUCUUUUUUCCAAACUGCAGUAUUGUGUUUUGUGCGUUUUUGAUGAAUGUUUGAGUUUGACACUAAGCAACCUAGGUUGCCUUUUUCUCUCUCAGAUUGAGAGCUGAUUUGAAUGUGGGCUAAAAUGGAUGAAACAAGCACAUUUUGUUGUUGUUAUUUGUGCAAUGUCUUUAAAGCAUUUUUACAUAAUAAUAAAAUAUUUAUUAUGAGA